GCGUUCAGCAGAAAAAACUGCUUCAUGAUUUUCGUUCCUGAUUGGUUCGUUCUCCUGUAUCCGCAGAUCUAAAAGAAUACUCCAAUCAUAAAUAAUAAUUACUAAACGCUUUGUAACCAGCUGUUUUUGCUGAACGCGACCAUUAUUGCCAUAGCAACGAAGCACUGAAAUGUUUUGAUACAUACAUUUUGACAAUUGCUGACAGUUACCAACAGUUACUAAAUGUAACGAUGUGAUGUCACAAUUUAUUUAACAAGUUUAUUUGUAUUGUAAUUUAACAAUGAGCUCGAUUCCCGGCGGUGAUAAUAAUGAAAAUGUCAUUCUUUUCGAUGUAUCAAAAAAUGAAAGAAAACUGAACGACGAAUUCAAAGUGCUGCAACGUAAAUUGAAAGCAAAAUGGAAAUUUAUUGAGAAUAAUGAAGUGAUAUCACAAGAAUCAUUAACAAACGCAAAAAUUUUAGUAUUACCAGGACCAUUAAGUAAAUUUACUGAAUUAGAAGUGAAUUCUAUUAGAAGUUUUUUAAAUUCCGGUGGUAAUAUUCUUGUCACACUUGGAGAGGGUGGCGAAAAUAAAUCUAACACAAAUAUUAAUUUCUUAUUGGAAGAGUUUGGCAUAAUGGUGAAUAACGAUAGUGUAGCUCGUAUGAGUUACAGUCAAACAAUGCAUCCCAAAGAAUCUCUCAUCUGUCAAGGACUGUCAAACAAGUCUAUCUUUCUGAAAGAUCAUAAUGAAUAUAUUAAUAUAAAAUUCCUGUAUCCAUAUGGGGCAACUUUAAAUGUAGUACAACCAUCUGUAGUGGCAUUGUCCAGUGGAUCUGUUGCCAUUCCAAUGAAUAGACCUAUUUGCGCAUAUCAUUGUGUGAAGGACAGUGGUGGCAAAUUGGUUGUGUUAGGCUCGUCUAGAAUGCUGACAGAUACUUACAUAGAAAAAGAGAACAACGACGCAUUGCGUGAGAUGAUCUUUGACUUUUUUGAAUUAAAUAUCUUUGAAACAGCGGAUGUUCACACCGAUGAUGUAGACUUUUGGGAGUACAAUUUCAUACCGGAUAUAACUCAACAAGCAGAUAAUCCAAAAGUUUGCACACAAGAUUUGGAUAACAUAGAUAUACCUCGUGAAUAUACGAAACUAUUUAAACAUCAUUUUUAUUCUAUUAAUCUGAAUAUGAUACCAGCUUGUAUAAAGGCGUAUGAAGCUCUGGGUGUGAAGCAUGAGCCUCUUAGUUUGAUUUCGCCUCAUUUUGAGGCACCUUUACCUCCUACACAGGCGUCGGUAUUUCCACCAAGUUUUCAAGAAUUACCACCACCUGCUUUAGAGUUAUUUGAUCUGGAUGAGGCGUUUAGCUCUGAUCUAUUAAAGUUGUCACAACUUACUAACAAAUACAUGGUGACGAAAGACCUAUCAAGUGACAGGGAACUAGAUCAUUACAUCAGAGAAUUUGGAAGUAUAAUAAGGAUAAAUAAUACUGAUACACAUACUGCUAAAGAAGUAUUAAAUUCUGUUUUCCAGAAAAUCUGUAGUUAUAAGGCAAUUCACGUUUAAGAUUGUUAUAUACAGAACUUAAUGUAUAUAUAGCUUUUUCUCAAAAAAUAAAUAGAUGACAUUAAAUGUUUUUAUCAAC